CGCUUAGUAACUAGAAAACAAAUCCGGAACUAGCCGCGCACCUGCAGGAUAUUUAAGAAGACGUGACCGAGUCUUCUCAUUUCUAAAUCGAUAUACAAAUCGCGGUGUCAUGGUUCUUCCUGGGCUUCAGGUUUGGAGAUGGAUCCUCUUUGCCUGCAUUCACUGGCUUUGUGUCUGUCAAGAGACUCCAAGACCGGUUUACAUGGUAGCCGUUCCUGCAGUGAUCCAGGCAGGCUCAGAGGCCAAGCUUUGUGCCAGCCUUCUGCAGCCCAACGAGACCCUGGUCAUGACCGUAUCUCUGAUGGCCGACGGGCAGAACAAGAGACUUCUCCACCAGAGUUCUGACCAAGAGUUUCACCGCUGUGUCCAGUUUCAGGCCCCUCGUGUGAAGAGCGACAAAGUGCUGAACUUUAAGGUGGAGGUUCGAGGAGAAACAUUUCUAUCAACAGAGGAGAGAAGGGUCAUGAUCAAACCCUACAGCCCCAUGACGUUCAUCCAAACGGACAAACCAAUCUACAAACCAGGACAAACGGUGCUUUUUAGAGUCGUCACCUUGGAUACCCAUUUUAGCCCCGUCAAUCAGCUGUACAACAUUGUGGAACUUGAGGACGUUAAUCACAACCGGAUUGGACAGUGGGUCAACGCUACAUCCAGUGGCAACAUUCUGCAGCUUUCUCACCCCCUGAACUCUGAAGCCCCUGUAGGAUCCUAUACCAUUGUAGUGUGGAUUGGUGGAGAGAAAAUCUACCACAACUUCAAGGUAGAACAGUAUGUUUUGCCCAAGUUUGAGAUCAACAUGAACCUCACUGACAAGAUCAGCGUUGUUCAAGAGGAGUAUGAAGUGAAAGUGUGUGCAGAAUACACGUAUGGGCAGCCUGUACCUGGUAAAGCAGGGGUGAAGUUGUGCCGACCUUUGGUGGACAAUGCAGUGAUACCAAUAACAGUUGAUGAGCGAAAUCCACAAGGAGUUCCUGAUUACACACCUCCAUGCCACAAAGAGUCAAUAGAGAUGGACCAUACUGGCUGUGCUUCUUAUGUCUUCAACAUGGCACUUUUCACAAAGAACGCAGGAGAGAAAUUGCUGGGAGACGUGUUUAGUUUCCAUGCAGAAGUACAGGAGGAGGGGACAGGUAUUACACUGUCAGAGGAGAGAAAUGUAGAGCUCUCCUAUGUGAUUGGAGAAUUCACAUUUGUUGACACGCCCCAAAUCUAUGAGCAUGGAUCAAUUAUCGAAGGCAAGAUAAAUGCUGUUCGAUAUAACAACACACCCAUCUCUGACAUGUUAGUCUACCUGUUCGAGGAGAAAGGCUGGUCCUCAUAUCUACGACUACAGAACCUAACCACGGACAGUCGUGGUAUUGCCAGGUUCUCCGUCAACACAACCAGUCUGCCCAAAGAGAAUAUUAACCUCGUAGUGAGCGACGCCCCACAAGUGGAGUACCCAGGAUACAGGGUCCCCUAUUUCAACAGAGGGCAACACCUACUCUCGCUGAUCCAGCCCGCUGCCCCUGACAUUAAACCGUCCAGCUCCCUGGCUAUUCAGAAGGUGGAGAAACCACUGGCGUGUGGGCAGGCGGUGUCGAUCACCAUCCGCUAUGCCGUCGUAGGGGAGACUGUCCCAAAGGGCUCUGUGGCUGUCCUCUACCUGGCCUUGUCCAGAGGGGUCAUAGUUCAGCAUGGACACAUCAAUGUUACUGUGCAGCAGGACAGUCCUGUAGCCGAGGGUGACGUCACCUUGACGUUGGCAGUGGUCCCAGAGAUGGCGCCGGUGGUUCAGCUCCUGGUGUACAGUAUGCUACCCAGUGAGACUGUCAUCGCCCACAGCAUGAACUUCCCCACUGAGAAAUGCUUCAGGAACAAGGUGUUGGUGGAGUUCUCUCCCUCCAACGCUGUCCCAGGGGAGGAGAACACCCUGCAUCUCUCGGCCCGGCCCGGUUCCCUCUGUGGGCUCAGUGCUGUUGACCAGAGUGUUGGCAUCAUGGAGCCAGGGAAGAGGCUGGAUGCUGACAAGAUAUUUGAUUUGCUACCGGUCAAGGAGACGACCUAUGUUCCCUACGAGCUUGAAGAUCCAGUAGCAUGUUUACGUGUUAGACCAAGGAGAUCCAUAAUACCACACCCAUAUGGACCGUCUGAGCAGACAAAUGAUCCUUAUGCAGCUUUUCAGACACUGGGAUUGAAGCUAGCGACUAACCUGGAUAUAAGAGUACCUUCCUGCCUCAGUUACCAGGGGAACCAGUACUAUCGCUCCUAUGUAGCUUACAGCCUAAUGGCUAGGCCUGGAUCAGCGGGUCCUAGACUUGAAAUGGCUGUGGCUGGUGGACUUGCCGCUCCACCUCCGCCACCCAUACAGACGGUCCGUACAUUCUUCCCUGAGACAUGGAUUUGGGACCUUGUGGAAGUUGGGGAGUCUGGAUCUCUAGAUGUCCCCCUGACAGUCCCAGACACCAUCACCACCUGGGAGACUGAGGUCUUCUGCCUGGCCCCCAGUGGCUUCGGUCUGGCUCCUCUGGUGGAGCUCACGGUCUUCCAGCCCUUCUUCCUGGAGCUCACCCUGCCCUACUCAGUCAUCCGGGGAGAGCACUUUGAGCUGAAGGCCACUGUGUUUAACUACCUCUCCAAGUGCAUCAUGGUUUCUGUGACUCCAGCUCUUUCCUCAGACUACACUCUCACACCCUUGCGUGAUGUCCAGGACUCCUCGUGCUUGUGUGCCAAUGGACGAAAGACCUUCAGUUGGACAAUGGCCCCCUCUGUCCUGGGGGUUUUGAACGUGUCUGUUAGUGCGGCGGCUGUCCGGUCCCAGACUGAGUGUGACAACGGGGUUGUGAACGUACCGGAGAGAGGACGCGUUGACACAGUCACACGGAGCCUGCUGGUGAAGGCUGAGGGAACAGAGAAGAGCCACACCUACAACUGGUUGCUGUGUCCUACUGGAGAAGCUCUGACGGAGGAGGUGGAACUGCAACUUCCCCAGAAUGUGGUGGAUGGCUCUGCUAGGAUUUCCCUCUCGGUUCUGGGGGACAUCCUGGGUCGGGCCCUCAACAACCUGGAUGGACUGUUGCAGAUGCCGUAUGGGUGUGGGGAGCAGAAUAUGGCCCUGCUCUCCCCCAAUAUCUACAUCCUGGAGUACCUGAGGAACACAGAGCAGCUCACGCCAGCCAUCCUAGAAAAGGCUACCAAGUUCCUCACUAGUGGUUACCAAAGGCAGCUGAACUACAAGAAUGCUGAUGGUGCGUACAGCACGUUUGGACAAGGCUUGGGGAACACCUGGCUGACUGCUUUUGUCUUGAGAUCCUUUGGCAAAGCCCAGUCUUUCAUCUAUGUUGACCCGGCAACGAUGGAGCAAUCCAAGACUUGGUUGGAACGUCAACAAGGCCAACGUGGCUGUUUCAGAACUUUAGGGAAGCUCUUGAACAACAGAAUUAAGGGUGGAGUGACGGAUGAAGUCACACUGACGGCUUACAUCACUGCUUCAAUGCUGGAGCUCAACAUGUCCGUGACGGAUCCUGUUGUGGACCACAGCUUGUCUUGCCUGAAGAACUCCACCAGUGAUUUGUCCAACACCUACGCUACUGCUCUGCUGGCCUACACCUUCACCCUGGCAGGUGACAUGGAGACACGGGCCCGGCUUCUGCAGCACCUCGACACCAUCUCAUUUCAAGAGGGGGGUCUCCUGCACUGGUCCCAGUCCUCCUCUGAGACCUCGCCCUCCCUGGAGGUGGAGAUCAGCUCCUACGUUCUGCUGGCGUCCCUCAGUGCCUCUUCUCGGUCGACCUCUGACCUGGGCUACGCCUCCCGCAUCGUCAGGUGGCUGGUGAGGCAGCAGAACGCCUACGGAGGCUUCUCUUCCACCCAGGACACGGUGGUGGCCCUCCAGGCCCUGGCUCUCUACUCCACCAGGGUGUUCAGUAGAGGAGGAGCCAGCACAGUGACGGUCAGGUCUCCCAGUGGGGACCGGUGCCUCUUCCAUGUGAACCAAAACAACAAGCUUCUGUACCAGGAGAGGGCGCUGCAGGACACAGAAGGGAAGUACAGCGUUGAAGUGCAGGGCAGUGCUUGUGCCUCAGUGCAGGUGGUGCUCCGCUACAACGUCCCUAGUCCUACCAGAAGCACAACGCUCAGUAUCCAGGUGACUCCAGAGGUGGACUGCAACAGGAAGUCUUUGAGACCCAGAGUCACGCUGAAGCUCCAGUCUCGAUAUCAUGGAAAGGAGCUCACCACCAAUAUGAUUAUAGUGGAUUUGAAAAUGCUCUCUGGGUUUUCUCCAGAUCCAGACUCUUUGGGGAGGCUGAGGGGUUCAAGUCAAGUGGAUCGUGUUGAUAUCAAAGAUGACCAUGUGUUAAUGUACUUGACAGAGCUGACAUCACUUCCUUUCCACAUCACCCUGGACAUCAUACAGGAGUUCCCAGUACAGAAUCUAAAGCCAGCAGUGGUCAAGAUCUAUGACUACUACCAGCCAAGUGACCAGGCUGAGACAGAAUACGUCUUCCCUUGCAACUAGGGGUUCCAAGCUGAUGGAAGAAGAUGACAUUGAUGUCACACCUGCAACCCUUGAGACGUCUUUCAAGUGCUGAAGUAAAACUAUGGAUCUGGAAAUAAAGUGUUUCAUUAAAACCCUUUUCUGGA